GAAGUUCCUCCUGUCGGCCUCCGAUUAGCUGCACCUCGGGCCGGACAGACGGAAACCGGAGUGCGGGGCCGGAACGUGUGAUUGUCGGUUGAGCGGGGACAGAAGAGUCGGUAAACACGAAGCAACGGAGACACCGGGACCCGCCGCCAGGUGCACGAGCAGCACGUCCACAGUUUUCACAAUGAUCCGUCCAAUGCUGAUGUGUUUCAUCCUCUGCGUCGUCUACGGCAGCAGCAAACCCACCGAGAAGAAAAGUCGAGUUCAUCACGAAGAACCUCUGAGCAACCUGGAGCACAACGACGACAAGAACAACGACUACGACCAUGAAGCUUUCCUGGGCCAAGAUGAGGCCAAAACCUUCGAUAAUCUGCCACCAGAGGAGAGCAAACGGAGACUCGGAAUCAUCGUGGAUAAAAUUGACGGCGACCAGGACGGUUUCGUCUCCGAAGACGAGCUGAAGGUUUGGAUCAAAAUCGCCCAGAAGAAGCACAUCUACGACAGCGUGGAACAUCAGUGGAACGACUUCGACCUGAACGCCGACGGCCAGAUCAGCUGGGAGGAGUACAAGAACGUCACGUAUGGCAGUUAUCUAGACGACCCUCAGGCGGACUCGGAGUACAACUACAUGCUCAUGAUGGCGAGGGAUGAGAGACGCUUCAAAGUCGCCGACAGGAACGGAGAUUUGAUCGCAGACAAGCAGGAGUUCACGGCGUUCCUUCAUCCUGAAGAUCACGAACACAUGAAGGACGUCGUGGUUCAGGAAACCAUCGAAGACAUCGACAAGGAUGGAGAUGGAUUCAUCAACCUGAAGGAAUACAUCGGUGAUAUGUACAACGCUGAGGAUGGAGAGGAGGAACCCGAAUGGUUGGCGACGGAACGUCAGCAGUUCGCAGAGUUCAGAGACAAAAACAAUGACGGGAAGAUGGACAGAGAGGAAACUCUGGACUGGAUCCUUCCGGCCGACUACGACCACGCUGAGGCCGAAGCCAAACACCUGCUGCACGAGUCCGACUCCAACAAGGAUGGAAAACUGAGCAAGAAGGAGAUCCUGGACAAGUAUGACGUGUUUGUGGGCAGCCAGGUGACGGACUUCGGCGAGGCUUUACUGCGACACGACGAGUUCUAGAUGGAGAACAUGACCUUUCUGGAGAAUAAUUUAUUCCGUGAAACCUCCAGAAGAGAAAAAUCAUGGUUUGUUUUGAGGUUUCACUUGAAGACUUUUGUUACUGUUGGGUUCUUUUUGUAAAAUUUUUAAGGUUUUUUUUUUAAUAUUUCGUCUGUUUUUUUAAAAAAAGUGGUUUUUGCUGAUUUCCUGUUGUUUGGGGGAAACUUUAUCAUUUUCUGUUUAAAUUCGACUCAGGUGGACGCUAAAGACAAAUUUCAACCCAAAUAAGUUUAAAAAAAGGCUAAAAAGUUUUUAUUUUUCUAGAAAGCCCUGAUAAGAACCGAUGCACUACAGAAAACAAUCAGAUUUUUUUUUUUGACAUUUUCUACUGAGAUUCUGUUGAAACACCAAACAUGUUUUCUCUACGAUUGAAAAUUCUUUAAACUUUUACCAUUUAUUACGUAAAUAAAUGUACAGAUGAAGGUGGGAACUUGAAGUCUUGAUCUCGAGGUGAAGAAUGUUUAACUUGAACUUAGUUUAAAUUGACUAAAAGUUGAUGGAACUUUAUUUCUACCAUUGAAAUAAAGUUUACGACCUAAAAGUUUGAUCUAGAAUCGUAAAUUUGAGGGUUUUUUUAAUCUUUUGGUGGGUUCUUCUGACAAAGUUCUCCAAAGUUCUGCUAGUGUUUGUCUCAGCAGGAAGUUCUUCUUUUCAUUCCCAGAAUGUUCUUCUUGGAGGUGAAAGACAUUGUAAAAAUGUUUGGGGAGAACAUUGUUCUGAAAAACCGAAUGUUGCACAGAGAACGUUCUAUCUUUCUUAUUAUGGAACAUUUUAUUGAUUCUGUAAUGUGUUCCCCAAAACAUCCUGAGAACGCUGUAGGUAGAACGUUCCAUGUUUGUUAAUAUGUCACAUUAUAGAACCGUCUGACGAAGAACGUUCUGUUAUCUGAGGUCUUGAUAACAUCUGGAAAACAUCUUUUCAAUGUUCUGUUGAGAACAUCCUUCUUUUGUCAUUGUUGUGGAAAUGUCUUACGUUCUAUCAUGUGUUCCUUCAACAAAUAGGCAAAAUGUGCUACUGUUGUUAUAUCUCAUUAGAGCAACGUCUUAUGAAGAACGUUCUGUCAUCUGAGGUCUCGAUAAUGUCUUGAAAGCGUUUCCUGAAUGUUGCAUCUUCUAGAAGAACAUUCUAUUAUGUGUUCCUUCAAUUAAAAGGCAAAGUGUUCAUAUAUUUCAUUACAGGAAUGUUCUUAGACGUUCUGUAUAAAAUAUAUUCUGUCUUCUGAAGCCUUGAGAACAUCUGGAGAACAUAUUUUUAAGUGUUGGUUUGAAAACAUUCUUCCUUUGUUGUUGUGGAACAGUGUGAGAUUGUUUUGCAGAGGAACGUUGUAUAAUGUGUUCCUCAGCAACAUCCUCAGAACAUCGUAGGAAGAAAGUUCCACCUUUGUUAAUGUAUCACAUUAUAAGAACGUCUUAUACGGAACGUUCUGUCAUCUGAGGCCUUGAAAAUUAGUUUGAGAACGUUCAUUCUUUGUAGUUUUGGAACAUUGUGAGAAUGUUUUGAUUAGAAGAACGUUCUUUAAUCAACAACAUCCCUAAAACAUCUUCAGAACGUUCCACCUUAGUUAAUAUCACAUUACAGGAACAUUUUAUAAAAAAAAUCAUUUGAGGUCUUGACUACAUCUGGAGAACUGUUCUUGAAUGUUGCUUUGCUUUUGUAGAACAUCCUCUGUGUUCCUGAAUGUCAAAGUUAAAACGUUCUACUAACUUUACAUUGUUGGAAAUUAAAACGUUCUUUGGAUGUUUGAUUAAA